AUUUAGUUGACAAAGUUAUUGUGUCCAAAUGAAUAAAUAAGAAGUGAACUGUCAAGUAGGAAGUAAUGGCCGGAAGAAAGAAGGACAAGAGACGGAGGAAAUACUCAUCAUCUUCAUCUUCCGACUCAGACUCUUCUUCAUCAAGCUCAUCCUCAAGCUCAGGAUCCUCCUCUGGUAGCAGCUCCUCCUCUCGUCCUCGUCAACAAACACCCAAUGUCAGCACUCCUCCAAUCUCACAAAGCUUGGACCCUGUUUCAGCUAUGUUUCUAGAUACUAAACCUGAGGAUCUUAUUGAUCAGAUUUUCAUCAUUCUUGACGAAUCAGAGGUAAAAGAUCUGUGUCCCACGAUUAUAAAACACAUGAGUAUAACCGACCUUAAAGAGAAAGCCCUCAGCUGUAUAAGAAGUCUGGACGAUGCUGGGUUACAAUCACUGUACGUCACCCAGGAUCCGGACCCUGGGGCAGACGAGAUAGACAAGGCCCUGAUACAACUGGGACUGGUGGGUAACAACACCUCCAUCCUGGACAGAGACACCAGCAAGUGGAGGACAGUACAGGAGGCCCCGCCCACUGUUGGCGGUUUAUCUGAUAACGAGGCGGGUAAUAGUGGGGAGGCGGCAGGGAGCGAUGGUGAGAAGGAUGGUUCUAUCUUCGAGGAGGAGGCUAAAUCUUUAGAACCCCCUCAACCUGACCUAACUAAGAGGAAACUUCUAGAAGACGCCCCACCGGAGAGUAGCGAUGAUGCAGAGUUGUGGAGGGCACUCCUCAUGAAAGACAAGCAAAAGAUAACCCGGGAGCUUGUCAGUACUGAUGUUAUCGCUAAAAAUCUGAGCGACAAACCAAUGGACUUUGUACCUCAGGAAACUGUGGUCAAGAGGAGAGGUGAUGAGUUAUCGGACCAUGAAGAUGAGUCAGGUAAAUCCUCACCUAGGUCACCAAAGUCUCCGGAUGAAGAAAGUCAACAGAUUGGUAACCCCCCUCUUGCUGUUGGGAAUCCACCUCUUGCUGAGUCACCUGGUAAGCCUAAGAUGUCGUAUCGUCAGCGUGCUGCAGCUGCUGCGGCGCAGGAUGAAGAUGAAGAUAAGAUCUCUGCAGGAGAUCUGAGUUCUGGGGCUGGUUCUUCUGAUUCUGAGUCCUCUAGUUCUGAAGAAGGCGAAAUAUCUGACGAUGAUGAUGACAAAAAAAAGAAUGAAGAAGGGGAGAAGAAAGAUAUCAAACCUGAAUCUGACAGCGAAGAGAAACGCUCAGAAACACCUGAAAGAUCAGGCUCUGCCGAUAAAAAUUUAGAUGAGAAGUCAGAUAGUGAGCGGGACAGAUUUAGUCCUAGGAAAGACUCAGAGUCAGAACAGAAUGAAUCAAGGACAGAAAAUGAGAAAAAUGAGGAUGUUUCUAAGUUGUAUGCCUUGUGAUACAGAUAUUUUGUAAUAUUUAAAUUUUUAAGCUUUUGAGGUUAAGUUGAUGAACUGUUGACAUUUUAAGGUUUGGUGUGACAGUAUUUGCUGAGCUAAGCUAGCUGUGAAUCAGGUGGUUUAUAAAUAAUCAAAGUAACAUUAAUUUGGCGUAACUUGGGGAACUUUUCUUCAAACUGGUUACAUGAGUUUUUUAAAGAUCAUUCUAUAAAGUGGUGUAAGUAUCAUUUUACAGAAAUUCUCGACUAUACUUCAAGGGUUUUUAUUUACAUACCCCACAUAAUAUUUGUGGGAGGCGAAGCCGAGUAUAUUGUUUUGACUAUUAACAGCGUGAGGACCAGUUGCAGUGAAACGUCCCAAUAACUGGCACGUGUUAAAACAAAUUCGCUCCGUCUUUUUAGUUUAAGUCGAUCUUGUGGUGUAAUUUAUACAGAAGAAUAAAUACAAUAUAACUUAAUUUAGCAGAUAUCCCAUGUUUAACUUACCUUCAUUACUGUAAUAUGACGUAUUUUGCAUUUAAUUUCCAAUAGACGCUCACUUUAUUUUACAAAACUUGUGUAUUACUGUCGUUAUCAAUUAUGAAAAAGUCUACAAAUAUUAUUAUAAAGGAUACAUUAUAAUUAAUUAAAUAGCAUAUCUUGUUUUAAAUAGUAGUCCAACCUUUUAUCUUCCCCCGUCUUUAAAGUUUUUGACAAGCUUGUCUGAAUCUAUAAACUGUAUUGCAACUACUGCUCAAAUAAAUUAUUACGAAUUUUAGCGUUUAAUCUCUAUUAUAAAUGGGGUCUAAUGGAUUAACAGAGUCUGCCUCCGAUCUGGAAUUCAAAAGGGACGGCAACUGUCACGAAUUGAGUGUUCAAAAAGAAUACUUUGCAAAAAUAAAAGACGGGACCAAAACAGUUGAAGGACGUGCUGGAAAGAUAGACACAGAAAACGAUAUCCACGAAAAUUACAGAGAUAAAGAGACAAACUUUAAAGUAGGUCACACAGUCAAAUUCAUGAUAUCAGGACACUCAGCUGACUCUGAGAGUGUGACUUGUGAAAUAACGAGGGUUGAGUUCCAUGAAACAUUUGAAGAAAUGUUAACUAAAAGUGGUCUCAGUACAUGUUUACCUGGUAUUGGGAGUAUGGAGGAGGGUGUUAGGAUUUACAGGAGUUUUAGUGGUUACCAACAAAGAGAGAACAUGUACGGGGUUGUUGGGAUUCAUCUUCGAGUUAUAACUUAGUGUUAAUACAGCUAGAUACUGGACACUAUCUUAUCAGAUAACUUAGUGUUUACAGCUGGACACUUUCUUGCAAUUACUUCAAUUAGUUUUUAAAGAAGAUCAAGACGUUAUUGAUUU